UUCGAAGAAGUGGAUCUCUCUCCGCAUCCGCAUCUCCGCACUCGCCUCGCAUCGCAUCGCAUCCGCAUCGCAUCCGCAUAUCCGCGUCCACUUCUCUCUGCCGCGCGUGUGUGUGUUUGUGUGUUAGUGCGUCGCUCGAAGUGAACGACCAACUUUUUUAAUAUCGAGCAAAAUGCACCGAAAAUAAAUGCACGGCAGCAAAACGAAAACCAAAACGAAAACGAAAUCAAAUACAAUACAACGCAACGCAACGCAACGCAAUCAGUGAAACAAAGCACCGACUAUCAGCGAAUUUCAAAAACUCUCCUUAAUGGCAGACCUGUGACAAAGUGAGGAGCCAACCGAAACGCCCAGCAAACCAAAACACAAUUACAACUCAACAUCCAAAACUAACUGCUGAUUUAGCAAAAGCACCGCCACCACCGAGUCACCACAGAGCCACCACAGAGCCACCACAGACGACAUGGAGCACAUAAUGAACCCGUUCAUGUCACCGGCUUAUCUGCUGGGCCAUGGCCCACAUCCCCACCAGCAUGUGCACUCCCACGGGCCGGGGCCACUCCCCCAGCCCCAGCCCCAUGCCGCCGCCUCUCCGGCCAGCUCGCCCGGCGGAUCCAGUGGCUCCGGAUCGGGAUCGGGAUCGGGAUCCGGAUCGGCAUCAGGCUCCGGAUCCUCGUCGAAGCCGCGGCGCUGGGGCUCGCCGCCCAUCAACCUGGCCGGGCAGUUCAUCAACCCGGCGACGGGCAAGAAGCGGGUGCAGUGCUCCAUCUGCUUCAAGACCUUCUGCGACAAGGGCGCCCUCAAGAUCCACUUCUCGGCGGUGCACCUGCGCGAGAUGCACAAGUGCACGGUGGAGGGCUGCAACAUGGUGUUCAGCUCGCGACGCUCGAGGAACCGCCACAGCGCCAAUCCGAAUCCCAAGCUCCACUCGCCGCACAUCCGGCGCAAGAUCUCGCCCCACGACGGGCGGACGGCCCAGCAGUUCCCGGUCUUCUCGCCGAGCACAGCCGCCGCGGCGGCCGCCGUCGCCGGACGCCUCCCGGUGGCCUUUCCCGGCCUGUUGCCCCCGCCGCCGCCGCACCACGGCCACGCCCACGCUCACGCCCACCACCCGUACGUCAUGUUCGGCGGACAGGCGGGCCUGCACGGACUGGGCCUGCUGCCCAGCUGCCAGGAUGCCGACCCGGAGGCGGACCACGAGCCGGACGCCGAUACCGAGGACGAGGCGGACUUUGUGUACGUGGACAUGCAGGCCAACAGCUCCAGUCCGGCGGCCUCCAGCGAGGACCACGAGGACCAGGAGGAGCAGGAGGAGCAGGAGGAGCAGGAGGAGCUGCACCAGGAGCAGGACGAGGAGAUGCACUGCAGCCUGAGCCUGGCCAGCAGCAGCAGCAGCAGCACCGCCGCCGAGGAGGAGCGGGCCGACCAGCCGCUCGACUUUAGCCUGCACAAGCGCCGCAAGUCGGAGCAGGAGCAGGAGCAGGAUCGCGAGGCCGUUCAAAAAGAUCACCAAGAGCGGGAGCAGGAGUCGGACAAGGAGCAGGAGGACAAGGAGGACAAGGAGGACAAGGAGCUGGAGCGCGAGAAGCGCUCGCCCACCGACGCCUUCUCCAUGGACCAGCUGCUGGGCAAGCGGAGGCGUCACAACAGCAGCACCACCAGCACCACCAGCUCCGCCUGCUCAUCCGCCACCGCCACCAACGCCAACGCCUCCACCAGCACCAGUCCCAGUCACCCCGUCAUCCUGCCUCCAACGAGCAUCAAGAUGGAGCUGGACCUGGAGGGCGACUACCUGGCCAACCGGCGUCCAGUGCUGCCCCUGCCCGUGCUGGACCUCGAGGAGCGGCACCACUUGCGCCUGCUCCAAACCCAGAUGUUCGCCGCCGCAGCGGCCGCCGCCGCUGCCCAGCCACCGCUUGGUUCGGGAUCGGGAUCGCCUUCAGCGUCGCCCGUGGACUUGGCCAAGGAUUCGCCACCCAUGUGGAGCCUUCUGUCCGAGAUGUACCGCUCAAUGCUGCUCAAGUCGCAGCAGCAGCAGCAUCAGCAGCAGCACCUCCACCACCAGGCGCAGCCGCACCACCCGGAGCAGCUGCUCCACCUGACCCACCACCACGCGGAGCAGCACCACCUGGCCCACCACCACCACCUGGGCCAUGGCCACCAGCACCACCAGCAGUCGCCGCAGCAGCAGUCGCCGGCGGCCACGAACGCGCCGAUUUCCGUCUAGGCUCGCAAAGAUACUCUAGAUGAUUUCCUUAGUCAAAUUUGUUUUUCUUUUUUUUUUUAAUCGUAUUUUAAGGAUACGUUUGGGGAGGCUGCUGACGGGCAGGUACGGGGUCGUGCUAAAGCUGGACCAUUAAAUGGCUGGCACUCCUCCUCAGGCACGCCCCUGCCCCCGCGAACCCCCGCCCCCCUCCCCCUCCUGUAAACUGGAAUUGCUCCAAAACUAAGCUUUUUCUGCUCGUACGUGUGUUAUAUGGAUUUUUUUUCUUAUGUAUAAUGUUUAAUGUAUAAUGUAUAAUGUAUAAUGUAUUGUGUAUGCCGUAGUGCGACAUCUGAGUGUAUAGUAUUCAAUCCGUUCCUCGGUGUGUGAGUGUGUGUGUGUGUGGAUGCCUGGGGGGUGUGUGUGUGCGAGUGUGAAUGUGAAUGUGAAUGGGAUCCUGGAUGGGAUCCGCAAAGUCUAUCAUCUGAAAAGCGGGCUGGGCAGUGCAGAAGUGAGAAGUGGGAAGUGAGAAGCGAGAAUCGCGAAUCGCGAAUCGGGGAACGAUCUGCCCCUCGAUCGGUGUACAACGAAGUAUUGAUAUUUAUAAAGAAAUAUAUUAUGAAUACAUAUAUUAAAUAGUUUUAAGACAAUUUUUUUCGUAGCCAUUAAUAAACUAUGUAUUGUAUAACUGGAUGUACUAACGGCAAGCAACUUCUAUAUUGAAACAUAUCCCUUGUGUUAAAGAGUCCCCAGUCCCCAGUCCCCAGUCCCCAUCCCCGAGUCCAUAGGUGAACGAAAUGUUAUUGCUCCCACAAGCGAAAAUUCCUCCCGACGAUUAUGUACUGUAUUUCAACAAUAUUUUAAGUUUUAUUUACAAUAAACAAAGGCAAAAUUGAAGAAACGUGAAAUCAAA